AUGUUUAUCGCCGUUGCCGUAUUCUUGGAUCGAGUCACCAGCCGGGAGAAUCGAAGGGCACCGCAAUCAACACACACUGUCAAACACGAUUGCUCUGGCGCAUUUGAUAUUCAUCACAACGAAAUCAUGGAGGAUGCAAGACGGCACCUGUUGGAAGUCACCGGAAACGCCAGAUCCCGGAUCAAGCGUCCGAAUAACCAUAUUCUCGCAGAGCACAUCGAGACAAUCAUCCAUUUCUGGCAGCUGCAUGCUGGCUUCGAAGAAUGCGCCGAUCAUGGGAUUGUAUUUGGAUACUUAAAUGGGGUCUCUGUGUGCGCAACACUCCUUCAAGUCUUUGCCCUCGCGCCAGAGAAGUUUCAGAAACUCAUCAAUUUCGAGCAUCCACGUCGCUUCCCCGUACCAGCCAUCCGCGCAGACGGAAGUUGGUUGAGUGAAGAGAUCAUGAAUGUCAUUGUACUACUUUCUGAUACGUCUGGUAUCCCCGACACCCAUUUCGGCUACAGUUUAGCACUGAUGUCAAGAGAGUCCAUGGACCAGCUGGCUACAUAUGAAUACAAAGCCGACUCUUACCUGGAGUAUCUGGUGGGUAGAAUGGAAAAUGGAGCGCCCGAGUCGGUUUGGAAUCCCGAGAGUUUCUAUACCUUUCCUCCUAGCACCAGAGGAAUAUCCUUCUUCUGGAACCAUAGCGAAGCGCAUUGGGUUGUGAUCAAAAUCGACACUGUGGCCCAUCAAGGACAGUGGGGCUAUACAGUCCUUAACUCCAUGAAUUAUGGAGACGGGAAAGAACUCUUGAACCUCGCGCAGAAGCACAUGCCAUUCCUGGAGAGGCUCAUUUGCAGAGCCUCUCCUGGAAUCCCUGUUCCAACAAAAACUGGCAGAUAUGAGAUUGCCGUUGACACACCUCAGCAACAGAACGGCACCGACUGUGGGGUGUUUGCGAUAUACAACUGCAUCGCAUCACUGACUGGAGAGGAGAUCGAUCAUAAUGCGUGGGCACACGAGCUUCGUUACUCUUACUUACAGCUGGUCCUUAACCACCUUGUGUCACUACCAUUACCCCCAUCGCCAGUUGUCCUACAAUCUUCUACCAUGUCCCCUCUUCGGCAGAUUCAAUUGCCUUCGAUUGAGCCAGGAGUUGAGUCAGAGGUACCACCGGGAAAGGAAGAAACAGGCAAGGAUGCGGAGGUUGUUGGCGAGCGCCAAACCUCUCGCAUGUUGAGCGCGUACCGAAUUGAAAAACAAUGA